AUGAAACUAUAUGUGAUCGCGGUGACGGCCCUCGUCAGCGUGUAUACGGCGCAGGCGGAGCCACAACCACACAAUGGCAGACAUGGAAAUCCACAUAACGGCGGUCCAGGCCUAAAACCGAAGGGACUCGGUGGUCCAGCAUGGCUACCACCAGGCCCCCCCGGUCCACCUGGUCCACCCUCCCAUCACGACUGGGGACUACCCCUCGGGGGUCUAGUGCCUCCACACCGACCAGGCUCAAGAUCCGAACACGAAGAGCGAGGGUCUGAAGAACGUCACGAAAGUCAUAGAUCCUUUAAAUCUGAACACGAAUCUGAGAGCUCGAGUGAGAGAAGAUCAGAGUCCAGCUCGAGUCACAGUGAGAGAGAAAGGUCUAGCUCAAGUCAUAGCGAAAGGUCUAGCUCGAGUGAAAACGAAAGUGAAAGGUCUAGCUCGAGUCAGAACGAAAGUGAAAGGUCUAGCUCGAGUCAAAACGAAAGUGAAAGGUCUAGCUCGAGUCAAAACGAAAGUGAAAGGUCUAGCUCGAGUCAGAACGAAAGUGAAAGUCAAACAAGCGAAAGUAACUCUAGUAACAGUAACAGCGAAAGUAGCUCAAAUCAAAGCGAGACAUGGAGUCAAAACGAAUCUGAAAACACUAAUGAAUCGAAUUCGAAACACAGACACAUUAUUAACAACGCCAAGAAAGUAACUAAUGUAAUAAAGGACGCAAUACGAGAUGAAUUGAAGACUAACAGCAAAAUUGUUAAAAAAGGCGUAGAAGUGGUGUCUGAUAUUAUUAGAGAUCUAUUUGGACACAAAGGACAAAAAGAGUCAGGCGACCUGUUGUAUUCACUCACCGGAUUCCGUGAGGAGCACGCCGCUAUCAAUUACGUGAAAUCCGUAACAGGACUGCAAGAUACCAAGGACGUAUAUGAAUUUAUAAAACGAGUACGAGGCUCCAGGGAGUGGCACUUCAUCAUCAACUUCUUGAUACAACUGGAGGGGACAUCAAAUAUCAAAGUGGUGGUGGAGCUGCUAAGGGAAUUGACAAAUGAAUUCAAUGUAUUCAAAGCAUACGAGGUGCUUCAACGGCUGACAGGGCACGCCGACUUCGAUGCUGUCUACGAGAUACUGCAGAAAAUAUCAGGAGAAAAGAAUUCACAUGAAAUCGCCGACUUUUUCAGACACGUCGCCCACACGAAAGGCGUGGAAGGCGUUAGGCUGUUUGUCCUCAAGCUGACUGGAGGUAUUGGACCGUCCGAAUUCCCGAAAGUGUUCGAGAACUUACUACCGGAAGUUGAUAUGAAGGGAGCGUUCGAUUUUCUCAUCUCAGUUACUAGAAGCCAAGAAAUCGGUGAAGCUAUUCUCAACUUCAUUCAUAUUUUGAAUGUUAAAUCCUUCUCCGAGGGUAUCCUGUUGAUCAAGAAAGCAACUGGACAGAGUCAAUUGAAAUAUGCGUUGGAAGAACUUACCCAAGAAACAAAAAGAACGAGCCUGCGAGUGAUCGUUGAGGACUUGUACAAGAUUUCCGGACGCGUCAGUUUAGAGGAGGUGUACAAUGUAUUCAAAGAAGUAUUCAAAACUGACAAUAUCGUGGCCACUAUAUCGAAAAUUAAUAAGGUAACGAAAAGGAGGGACGCCAUCUUCUUCCUGACGAGCCUUCUAGAUAUUACUAAAACGAGAGUGAUUCAAGACACGAAUACGGUCAUCAAAGGUCUUACUACGAGAGAUUCCAACAUAUUGGAAAUAUUGGAGCAGAUUCGCAUCAAAUCCGGUCAUGAUGACAUUAUUGAUUUCUUCAAGAAGCUAUUAACAUACACUGGAACCAAAUCUGUACAGAGAGCCUGGCAGGAGAUUAUCAUCAUCACGGAAAUCACAGAUAUUUUCAUAUUCUUCGAGACUGUAUACAAGUACACCCGGGUGGAGGUGUUAGUCUUCAUUGAGACUAUACUCCGCAUCACGAACUCUACCAAUCUCAGCGCAGCCACAUCCAAAUUCACGAAGAUCACGAGUCAGAAUACAUUCUUCGAAAGUAUUCGCGUGAUUUACGAAAUCAUUCUUUAUGAUAUCGUGAAAUUCUUUGAGAGUCUCAUCACAAUAAGCAAGAGAUUCUAUUUCGAGGAAGUCAUCACCAUUAUAGAAGAAUACACUGAAACAACAGACUUCAUUGAUGCUUUGAAGACUCUACGAGAAGCCACUGGAGAAGACGAUAUCAUCAAGGCAAUUGAGCAUAUUAAAAAGAAUUUGCCUAAAAAGUUAACGACCACAACUACCACCACUACUCCAGCACCAACGACAACUACAACACCAGCUCCAACGACAACUACAACCCCAGCACCAACCACAACUACAACCCCAGCACCAACCACAACUACAAUCCCAGCUCCAACAACAACCACAACGGAAGCCCCAAUAACUACCACACAGGCUUCAGAAUCGGAAAGUAACUCACAAAGCCAAUCUGAAUCAACAUCAUCAAGUCAAUCAGGAGAAUCUAGUUCACAGAGUCAAUCUAACUCUCAGUCGUCUGCAUCGUCGUCAGAGAAUGCGCAGUCAGCAGAAUCUAGUUCACAGAGUCAAUCUGCUUCUCAAUCUUCUGCAUCGUCAUCAGAGAAUACGCAGUCAGCUGAAUCUAGUUCACAGAGUCAAUCUGCUUCUCAAUCUUCUGCAUCGUCAUCAGAGAAUGCGCAGUCAGCUGAAUCUAGUUCACAGAGCCAAUCUAAUUCACAGUCUUCUGCGUCAUCAUCAGAGAAUGCGCAGUCAGCUGAAUCUAGUUCACAAAGCCAAUCUAAUUCUCAGUCUUCUGCGUCAUCAUCAGAGAAUGCGCAGUCAGCUGAAUCUAGUUCACAGAGCCAAUCUGCAUCUCAGUCUUCGGCAUCAUCAUCACAAAAUGAACAAUCACAACAGUCUAGUUCGCAGGGCCAAUCUGCUUCACAGUCGUCUUCGUCGUCAUCACAAAAUAACCAAUCAGAACAGUCUAAUUCGCAGAGUCAAUCUGCUUCCCAGUCCUCUGCAUCCUCGUCACAAAAUGAAGAAUCACAACAGUCUAGUUCGCAGAGCCAAUCUGCAUCUCAGUCGUCUUCAUCGUCAUCACAAAAUGACCAAUCAGUACAGUCUAAGAGUCAAUCGACUUCUCAAUCAGAGACAUCACAACAAGAGCAAUCCGAACAAAAUGCUUCUCAAACUCAAUCUGCAUCCCAAUCAUCUGCGACAACAUCAAAUAAUGAGCAAACAGAACAAUCAAGUUCACAAAGCCAAUCCGCAUCUGAGUCAUCUUCAUCGUCAUCAGAAAAUGCACAGUCAGCUGAAUCCAGUUCAGAGAGCUACUCUGCUUCCCAGUCUUCUGCGUCAUCUUCAGAGAACCAUCACAGAAUGCGCAAUCAGGAGAGUCUAGUUCACAGAGUCAAUCUAACUCUCAAUCUUCUGCAUCGUCAUCAGAGAAUGCGCAAGCAGGAGAGUCUAUCUAGUUCACAGAGCCAAACUAACUCUCAAUCUUCUGCAUCGUCAUCAGAGAAUUCAUCAGAAAAUGCACAGUCAGAUGAAUCUAGUGCACAAAGCCAAUCUGCUUCUCAAUCUUCUGCAUCGUCGUCAGAGAAUUCAUCAGAAAAUGCGCAGUCAGCAGAAUCUAGUUCACAGAGCCAAUCUGCUUCUCAAUCUGCAUCAUCAUCAGAGAAUGAGCAGUCAGCAGAAUCUAGUUCACAGAGCCAAUCUGCUUCUCAAUCUUCUGCUUCGUCUUCAGAGAAUGCGCAGUCAGCUGAAUCUAGUUCACAGAGCCAAUCUGCUUCUCAGUCUUCUGCAUCGUCAUCAGAGAAUGCGCAGUCAGCAGAAUCUAGUUCACAGAGCCAAUCUGCUUCUCAAUCUGCAUCGUCAUCAGAGAAUGCGCAGUCAGCAGAAUCUAGUUCACAGAGCCAAUCUACUUCUCAAGCUGCAUCGUCAUCAGAGAAUGCACAGUCAGCAGAAUCUAGUUCACAGAACCAAUCUGCUUCUCAAUCUUCUGCAUCGUCAUCAGAGAAUGCGCAGUCAGCAGAAUCUAGUUCACAGAGCCAAUCUGCUUCUCAAGCUGCAUCGUCAUCAGAGAAUGCGCAGUCAGCAGAAUCUAGUUCACAGAGCCAAUCUGCUUCUCAAUCUGCAUCGUCAUCAGAGAAUGCGCAGUCAGCUGAAUCUAGUUCACAGAGCCAAUCUGCUUCUCAAUCUUCUACAUCUUCAUCAGAGAAUGCGCAGUCAGCAGAAUCUAGUUCACAGAGCCAAUCUGCUUCUCAGUCUUCUGCAUCGUCAUCAGAGAAUGCGCAGUCAGCAGAAUCUAGUUCACAGAGCCAAUCUACUUCUCAAUCUUCUGUAGCGUCAUCGGAGAAUGCGCAGUCAGCAGAAUCUAGUUCACAAAGCCAAACUGCUACUCAGUCUUCUGCAUCGUCAUCAGAGAAUGGUCAAUCAGCAGAAUCUAGUUCCCAAAGCCAAUCUGCUUCUCAAUCUUCUGCAGCGUCAUCAGAGAAUGCGCAGUCAGCAGAAUCUAGUUCACAGAGCCAAUCUGCUUCUCAAUCUUCUGCAGCGUCAUCAGAGAAUGCGCAGUCAGCAGAAUCUAGUUCACAGAGCCAAUCUGCUUCUCAAUCUGCAUCGUCAACAGAGAAUGCGCAGUCAGCAGAAUCUAGUUCACAGAGCCAAUCUGCUUCUCAAUCUUCUGCAGCGUCAUCAGAGAAUGCGCAGUCAACAGAAUCUAGUUCACAGAGCCAAUCUGCUUCUCAAUCUUCAUCGUCAUCAGAGAAUGCGCAGUCAGCAGAAUCUAGUUCACAGAGCCAAUCUGCUUCUCAAUCUUCUGUUGCGUCAUCGGAGAAUGCGCAGUCAGCAGAAUCUAGUUCACAAAGCCAAUCUGCUUCUCAGUCUUCUGCAUCGUCAUCAGAGAAUGGUCAAGCAGCAGAAUCUAGUUCACAAAACCGAUCUGCUUCUCAAUCUUCAGCAUCUUCAUCAGAGAAUGCGCAGUCAGCAGAAUCUAGUUCACAGAGCCAAUCUGCUUCUCAGUCUUCUGCAUCGUCAUCAGAGAAUGCGCAGUCAGCAGAAUCUAGUUCACAGAGCCAAUCUGCUUCUCAAUCUUCUGUAGCGUCAUCGGAGAAUGCGCAGUCAGCAGAAUCUAGUUCACAAAGCCAAUCUGCUACUCAGUCUUCUGCAGCGUCAUCAGAGAAUGCACAGUCAGCUGAAUCUAGUUCACAGAGCCAGUCUGCUUCUCAAUCUUCUGCAGCGUCAUCAGAGAAUGCGCAGUCAGCUGAAUCUAGUUCACAGAGCCAAUCUGCUUCUCAAUCUUCUGCAUCUUCAUCAGAGAAUGCGCAGUCAGCAGAAUCUAGUUCACAGAGCCAAUCUGCUUCUCAAGCUGCAUCGUCAUCAGAGAAUGCACAGUCAGCUGAAUCUAGUUCACAGAGCCAAUCUACUUCUCAAUCUUCUGUAGCGUCAUCGGAGAAUGCGCAGUCAGCAGAAUCUAGUUCACAAAGCCAAUCUGCUACUCAAUCUUCUGCAUCGUCAUCAGAGAAUGGUCAAUCAGCAGAAUCUAGUUCCCAAAGCCAAUCUGCUUCUCAAUCUUCUGCAGCGUCGUCAGAGAAUGCGCAGUCAGCAGAAUCUAGUUCACAGAGCCAAUCUGCUUCUCAAUCUGCAUCGUCAUCAGAGAAUGCACAGUCAUCAGAAUCUAGUUCACAGAGCCAAUCUGCUUCUCAAUCUUCUGCAGCGUCAUCAGAGAAUGCGCAGUCAGCAGAAUCUAGUUCACAGAGCCAAUCUGCUUCUCAAUCUUCUGCAGCGUCAUCAGAGAAUGCGCAGUCAGCAGAAUCUAGUUCACAGAGCCAAUCUGCUUCUGAAGCUGCAUCGUCAUCAGAGAAUGCACAGUCAGCAGAAUCUAGUUCACAGAGCCAAUCUGCUUCUCAAUCGUCUGCAUCGUCGUCAGAGAAUGCGCAGUCGGCGGAAUCUAGUUCACAGAGCCAAUCUGCUUCUCAAUCUUCUGCAGCAUCAUCAGAGAAUGCGCAGUCAGCUGAAUCUAGUUCACAGAGCCAAUCUGCUUCUCAAUCUUCUUCAGCGUCAUCAGAGAAUGCGCAGUCAGCAGAAUCUAGUUCACAGAGUCAAUCUGCUUCUCAAUCUGCAUCGUCAUCAGAGAAUGCCCAGUCAGCAGAAUCUAGUUCACAGAGCCAAUCUGCUUCUCAAUCUUCUGCAUCGUCAUCAGAGAAUGCGGAGUCAGCUGAAUCUAGUUCACAGAGCCAAUCUGCUUCUCAAUCUUCUGCAUCGUCGUCAGAGAAUGCGCAGUCGGCUGAAUCUAAUUCGCAGAGCCAAUCUGCAUCUCAGUCUUCUGCUUCGUCUGCAGAGAAUGCGCAGUCCGCAGAAUCUAGUUCACAGAGUCAAUCUGCUUCUCAAUCUUCUGCAUCGUCAUCAGAGAAUGCGGAGUCAGCUGAAUCUAGUUCACAGAGCCAAUCUUCUGCAUCGUCGUCAGAGAAUGCGCAGUCAGCUGAACCUAGUUCGCAGAGCCAAUCUGCAUCUCAGUCUUCUGCUUCGUCUUCAGAGAAUGCGCAGUCAGCUGAAUCAAAUUCACGGAGCCAAUCUGCUUCUCAAUCUUCUGCAUCUUCAUCAGAGAAUGCGCAGUCAGCAGAAUCUAGUUCACAGAGCCAAUCUGCUUCUCAAGCUGCAUCGUCAUCAGAGAAUGCACAGUCAGCCGAAUCUAGUUCACAGAGCCAAUCUGCAUCUCAAUCUUCUGCAGCAUCAUCAGAAAAUGCGCAAUCAGCAGAAUCUAGUUCACAGAGGCAAUCUGCUUCUCAAUCUUCUGCAGCAUCAUCAAAGAAUGCGCAGUCAGCAGAAUCUAGUUCACAGAGCCAAUCUGCUUCUCAAUCUUCUGCUUCGACUUCAGAGAAUGCGCAGUCAGCUGAAUCUAGUUCACAGAGCCAAUCUGCUUCUCAAUCUUCUGCUUCGUCUUCAGAGAAUGCGCAGUCAGCAGAAUCUAGUUCACAGAGCCAAUCUGCUUCUCAGUCAUCAGAAAAUGCGCAGUUAGCAGAAUCUAGUUCACAGAGCCAAUCUGCAUCGUCAUCAGAGAAUGCGCAGUCAGCAGAAUCUAGUUCACAGAGCCAAUCUGCUUCUCAGUCUUCUGCAUCGUCAUCAGAGAAUGCGCAGUCAGCAGAAUCUAGUUCACAAAGCCAAUCUGCUACUCAGUCUUCUGCAGCGUCAUCAGAGAAUGCGCAGUCAGCAGAAUCUAGUUCACAGAGCCAAUCUGCUUCUCAAUCUUCUGCAGCGUCAUCAGAGAAUGCGCAGUCAGCUGAAUCUAGUUCACAGAGCCAAUCUGCUUCUCAAGCUGCAUCGUCAUCAGAGAAUGCACAGUCAGUAGAAUCUAGUUCACAGAGCCAAUCUGCUUCGCAAUCGUCUGCAUCGUCGUCAGAGAAUGCGCAGUCAGCUGAAUCUAGUUCACAGAGCCAAUCUACUUCUCAAUCUUCUUCAGCGUCAUCAGAGAAUGCGCAGUCAGCAGAAUCUAGUUCACAGAGUCAAUCUGCUUCUCAAUCUGCAUCGUCAUCAGAGAAUGCCCAGUCAGCAGAAUCUAGUUCACAGAGCCAAUCUGCUUCUCAAUCUUCUGCAUCGUCAUCAGAGAAUGCGGAGUCAGCUGAAUCUAGUUCACAGGGCCAAUCUGCUUCUCAAUCUUCUGCAGCGUCAUCAGAGAAUGCGCAGUCAGCUGAUUCUAGUUCACAGAGUCAAUCUGCUUCUCAAUCUUCUGCAUCGUCGUCAGAGUAUGCGCAGUCAGCUGAAUCUAGUUCACAGAGCCAAUCUGCUUCUCAAUCUUCUGCAGCAUCAUCAGAGAAUGCGCAGUCAGCAGAAUCUAGUUCACAGAGCCAGUCUGCUUCGCAAUCUUCUACAGCGUCAUCAGAGAAUGCGCAGUCAGCUGAAUCUAAUUCACAGAGCCAAUCUGCUUCUCAAUCUUCUUCAGCGUCAUCAGAGAAUGCGCAGUCAGUAGAAUCUAGUUCACAGAACCAAUCUUCUUCGCAAUCUUCUGUAGCGUCAUCAGAGAAUGCGCAGUCAGCAGAAUCUAGUUCACAGAGCCAAUCUGCUUCUCAGUCUUCUGCAGCGUCAUCAGAGAAUGUGCAGUCUGCUGAUUCUAGUUCACAGAGUCAAUCUGCUUCUCAGUCUUCUGCAUCGUCAUCAGAGAAUGCGCAGUCAGCAGAAUCUAGUUCACAGAGCCAAUCUGCUUCUCAAUCUUCUGCAUCGUCAUCAGAGAAUGCGCAGUCAGCUGAAUCUAGUUCACAGACCCAAUCUGCUUCUCAAUCUUCUGAAUCGUCGUCAGAGAAUGCGCAGUCAGCAGAAUCUAGUUCACAGAGCCAAUCUGCUUCUCAAUCUUCUGCAGCGUCAUCAGAGAAUGCGCAGUCAGCAGAAUCUAGUUCACAGAGCCAAUCUGCUUCGCAAUCUUCUGCAGCGUCAUCAGAGAAUGCGCAGUCAGCAGAAUCUAGUUCACAGAGCCAAUCUGCUUCUCAAUCUUCUGCAGCGUCAUCAGAGAAUGCGCAGUCAGCAGAAUCUAGUUCACAGAGCCAAUCUGCUUCGCAAUCUUCUGCAGCGUCAUCAGAGAAUGCGCAGUCAGCAGAAUCUAGUUCACAGAGCCAAUCUGCUUCGCAAUCUUCUGCAGCGUCAUCAGAGAAUGCGCAGUCAGCAGAAUCUAGUUCACAGAGCCAAUCUGCUUCGCAAUCUUCUGCAGCGUCAUCAGAGAAUGCGCAGUCAGCAGAAUCUAGUUCACAGAGCCAAUCUGCUUCUCAGUCUUCUGCAGCAUCAUCAGAGAAUGCGCAGUCAGCAGAAUCUAGUUCACAGAGCCAAUCUGCUUCGCAGUCUUCUACAGCGUCAUCAGAGAAUGCGCAGUCAGCAGAAUCUAGUUCACAGAGCCAAUCUGCUUCGCAAUCUUCUGCAGCGUCAUCAGAGAAUGCGCAGUCAGCAGAAUCUAGUUCACAGAGCCAAUCUGCUUCUCAAUCCGUAUCGUCAUCAGAGAAUGCGCAGUCAGCAGAAUCUAGUUCACAGAGUCAAUCUGCGUCUCAAUCCUCUGCAGCGUCAUCAGAGAAUGCGCAGUCAGCAGAAUCUAGUUCACAAAGUCAGUCGCAGUCACAAUCUUCGGCGUCUGAGAAUUCAUCAGAAAGUGCACAGUCACAACAAGCUAGUUCCCAGAGUCAGUCAGAAUCAGCACAAAGUUCAGCUCAACAGCAGUCAGAAGAGUCACAAGCAAGUAGUUCAUCGAACUCAGAGUCAGCAUCAGAACAGAGUAGCCAAUCUGAGUCUCAGUCAGAAGCAAAUGAAACCGCGUCGAAUCAAGAUGAAAUUGUGCAAUCUAGUCCUAGUCCUGUGGGACCCCCGGUUAGGCCUGGUGUUGGUGGCAAGUUGGCUAUACAGCAAGGAAAGAGAGAAAUUUCCCACGCUUUGGAAACGAGUAUGAACUUGAAGAUAUUAAUCUUACCCAACGGGCCAAAACAGAAAAAUUGCUAUUGUACCUGCGAGAGUGAUGCCAGCCCGAAAUUGAUCCCUGUCAAGGAUCUACCAGCAGAAAUCACGGCGCUAGGAAACUAAUUAAGACAUUUUAUUUUAUUUUUUAUUAUUGGCAAGAUGGCUGUAUACCGAGUUGCCAUUAAAAAAAACAAGUGUUGCCAUUAUAAAAAAUAUAUCUAUACUAUAAAAUGUUUUAAUAACGUUUUUUAUAUUAUUAAAUAAUAAAAGAAUAGAUUAUUUUAUAUUUAUAUUGGUAGGUAAUUAUUUUUAUUAAUCUGUACCUAAUAAACGAAAGAAGUUGUCAAUUGCAAAAUAAAAUUAAACAAUUGGAAAAUAUAAAAUUCUUAAAAAAAAUAUAAUAUAAUACAAAUAUAGUACAGAUAAAAUAAUAUUAUACUUAAGUGCAUUAAUUAUAAUACUAUG